CAAACGAUCGACCGCGCCGGGUGGUGUUCAAUUUGUGUAAUAUUUACUUUGGUUACCUGCAACAUACCUCUGGCGAGUUACAUUACAGGCAGGUUUGGGCCAACUUAUCCACCUUUUCUCUGCAAUUGCCGCUGAGUUCUAAAGAUUUGAGGAAUCCCAAUAGACUCCAUAGUCACUCCAGAAUGGGGGAGAAGGAAGACUCAGAAAAGUAUCUCAAAAGAAGGAGAAUACGAGAGCUUUUUCAGUGUCUGAUGGCAGGGAUCCUGUUCCACAAGCCCGAUGAUCACAUCGCGUACCUGAUCGCCUGUCUGACAAAACUCCAUGAAGACCCGCUCGCCAUCUUCAAUGUUCGAUGGAACACAUUUAUCGAGCACGGACCUGGCGGGGGCAACAUGGCCGGUGCGGGGACGGAUGUUAACCCCGAUGAGAUAAACAUGCAGCUUCAAACUUUCCUAUCAGGCUCAGGGUUCCUCUAUUGAUGGAGCAGGGGUACGCCCCCUCCUUUGUGGACCUGGAAAAAGUACCAAACUUAUUUUGAAUAGUGUCAUCGUUACGCGGGGCUGCUCAGGUACAUUAUGCAGAUGAUAAAGUCGGCGUACGUUCGGCUCCACCCACUGUUUGGGGGCUCUGAGAAAGAAAACAUGUCACUUGUAAGCGUCUACGUCACGGGGAACUACAUGCCAAACAUUGCGGCUCCCACUUGGAGUGGAUUCACCCCCACUCCCAUUUCUGUCAAUUUUGUUUAGGAUACUGUCACAUUAACAUUGUAGUAUUGCUUUCAAGGGAAACCUACUGACACGGGCCUGCCAAUGAUCUCCUCGUUCAUCUCACCAACCAUCUAAACGGUACCCCCCCCCCACGUUCUACAAAUGGAUACGCCAUUGUAAUGGGCCAUCAUGGACAUUAUCUUGAGAUAAUUAUGGACCUCGUAUUCGUCCGAAAAGAAAGUAUAACUCUUCGCAGUAAGCUGUUGAUACCUUGCAAUAGUCAAGAUGAAAGAAAAAGGAAACGUUUCGUGAUACUCAUCUUGAGGCUCAAGUAGUGGGGCAUCCAGGACUCACCCGAUUUGUUCUCUUUCUUGUCUGAAAGUUAAGGUAUGCCAGAAUUUUGCUGGGAAGAGGGGAAAUAUCCCCUUUGCCUCUCCAGGAUUUAAACACCGUCAUUUGUUUGUGAAUGCUUGUGUUGUAUUUUUCUAUCUUUUUUGCUCAUACGGAGUGGAUUGUUUUUAGAGGACUUCACCCUCGAAAACCUUCAUGAUUGACGAUAUUCAUAAUCAACAGGAUUCAUCUAGACGAAACGUUGUUUCAAAUUUUGUAUUGCACUGUCGAUGUCAUGCUUAUAGAAAGUUAUUUACCAAGGGAACUAGGAAUUAAAUAUUACUCUUCCAAAACGGCUGUGAAUAUUAAGUUAUGGCUGAAUUAUAUGACUCUAAAUAUUGUAACCAUAUGAAUUUUGUUUUACUUCUUUAUCUUGUUCAUCUUUAAUCCAACUCCUUAGUCGACAUUUUACAUUUUUCUUGCAAUUUGUACAACUUUGUCAAACUUGUAGAUUAUACACAUUUGGAUCAAUAAUAUUAUGAGAUUCCAAAUAUAAAAUUUCCUGUCAUUUAUCAUUAGAAAAUUGAUGCAAUAUCGUUCUGAGUGUGCAAUGACAUUUCCUGAAGCAUACUUCGGGCUGUGCAUGCUACCUUUCAAUUUUAGAUGUGUGUGUUUGCUUUAGAGGCAUUAUGGGUUUUUUCUUGUGCUAAAUCAUGUUGUUGGACUAUAACAAUGUACCUCACAGUAACAUUUUGCAAUUUAAAAAUUUAUGCUCAUUAUGAUUUACGCUUACUGUUUUUUUGUAUUUUCUCCUCUGUAGAUAAAACAUUUAUUCCUUUACGAAUUUCAGUCGUUAUAUUUUGAUCAUGUUUUUUUGGGUGGCAAUUUUUUUUAUUUUCUAUUAAUAUGGUGAAGAAAAUAAAGUCAGGAUCCAUUAGUGGAAUAUUUGUAUUGAUAGUUCCAACCCGUUUUUUGUUUGUAGUAGUAGUGGUAGUAGUGGACUAGUGGUAGUAGUAGUAGUAGUAGUAGUAGUAGUAGUAGUAGAAGUAGUUUUUUUCCAUAUCAUCAUUGUUUUCAUCAUAAUCAAUAAGUUAACAAUAAAAUGCAUCUUGGGACCUUGUAUUUGAAUAUAUUUCUUAUAUCAGGGCGACACUCUUUUAGUAGUUUCCUGAAAUGUAAGAAUAAUCAUACAUUAUAUUACCAUACUGUAACAUCUGCGAUCAUGAUUUACAAUGAGUGGGAAGAUAUUUACUUUAAAUGAA